UGUCGCGACAUCACAUACACUGGCUGGCCUCGUUCGAGCUGUUUGUCAUAAAAUAGUUUUCUUAUCAGCAAAGAAUUCAUUUUUGGUUGAAAGUUGGCGAAAGACACAUAUUGCUUUUCGCUGUGAAUAUUUUCCAUUUUUCAAUUCAAUCGAUAACAACAAAUGAAGCGUAAAAAACGUUAAUACAUUUGCCAAAAUAAAAGAUUUUCCUCGAGUGUUUUUAGUUUUAUUUAUUUUGUGAUUAUAGAAUUGUUGUUUUUUAUUAAUUCAAAUAAAAAAAAUGUCGAGCUCUAACGGCAUCAUGUUAGAUGAUGUGAAAAUAUCAAUGCAAAAAUUCGGCACGCCCGAUUAUUUGGUAUUCCUAGUGAUGCUAGUAAUUUGUGCUUUGAUCGGCAUCUAUUUUGGAUUUUUUGAAAAGAAAUCAUCAAAAAAAUGCGAUGAAGAAUCCGACUAUUUGGUUGGAGGUCGACAAAUGAAGGUUAUACCAAUAACAAUGUCGCUGAUUGCAAGUUAUAUCAGUGGCAUUACAUUACUUGGAAUUCCGACAGAGAUCUACGUCUAUGGAAUCCAGUACAUGUUCAUCAUUUUUGGUCUCAUUUUAACAGGAAUCGCCAUGACAUACAUCUACCUUCCUGUAUUUCAUGACCUUCAACUUACUUCGACUUAUCAUUACUUGGAAACGAGAUUUGACAAUCGUGUUCGUAUGUUUGGCGCUGUACUUUUUACCUUUGGAACAAUGAUGUGGCUUCCAAUUGUAAUUUAUGUGCCGGCACUUGCGUUUAACCAGAUAACUGGUGUGAAUGUCCAUUGGAUAACCCCAUUAGUGUGUCUCGUCUGUAUUUUUUACACUUGUGUUGGUGGAUUGAAGGCCGUUGUCUGGACAGAUUGUAUACAGUUAGUGAUGAUGUUUGGUGCAAUAAUUCUAGUGAUGGUUAAAGGUACCAUUGACAUCGGUGGUUUUGGUUUGGUGUGGGAAAAAGCCGUCGAAAGUGGACGAAUUGAAUUACCUGAGUUUGCAUUUGAUUUAAAAACAAGAUACACAAUAUACUCGGUGAUAUUUGGAGGUUUUGCUCAAUGGUUAAAGAGCAAUGCCAUUAGUCAAAACAUGAUUCAGAGAUAUUUGGCGCUACCCACACUCAGAGAUGCUAAAAUAGCACAUUGGCUAUUUAUUGUUGGAACACUGGCUUUAGCUUUAUCCUGUUCGUAUUGCGGACUUUUGAUUUACGCCACUUAUCAUGAUUGCGACCCACUCACAACUCGUUUAGCUAAAGCAAAAGAUCAACUGUUACCAUUGUUGGUGAUGAAAUUAUUUUCUGACUUCCCUGGUUUGCCGGGACUGUUUGUGUCGGGUGUUUUUAGUGCAGCAUUGUCUUCUCUUUCAACUGGUUUAAAUUCAAUGUCAGCGGUGAUCUUAGAAGAUUUUGUAAAGCCACAAAUGAAACGACCAUUGACCAAAAAGCAAACGCAUUACGUGAUGCGAUUCGUUGUUGCAAUUUUUGGCGGUAUUUGUGUGUGUUUAGUAUUUUUAGUUGAAAAAUUAGGAGCAGUUUUACAACUGUCCAUAAGUCUUUCGGCUAUAUCGAAUGGACCGCUUCUUGGUAUCUUCACAAUGGGAGUUCUGCUGCCAUGGAUAGGUGCAACAGCUGUUGUAUUUGGCGGUGCAACCAGUUUGGGUGUGAUGGCUUGGAUUUGCAUACGAGCUCAAGCGGCAAUUGCAAGUGGUGAACUCUAUCAUGCAAUAAAACCCGUUGAUACUCAAGGAUGCGGUUAUAUUUUUAUGCAUGAAAGCCCAUUGAAUAUGCUGGCGAUUAAUAGCACCGAUGCACCAACACUUAUUGACCCAGUGGAACCGGAGUUUGCUAUCUAUCACAUCUCUUAUCUUUGGUACACUUUACUGGGAGCUUUAAUCUGUAUAGGUGUAAGUGUAAUUGUUUCAACUAUAAGCGGUUUCAAUAAUCCACGUGAAAUGGAUCCAAAAAUGUUUGCACCAUUCAUUCGAAAGUGUUUGAAAUUGGAGAUGAAACGCGAAGAACCUGUUGGUACGGAAGAUGAUAUUCGAUAUGCCAGUUGCGUUGAUCUGAAAGCCAUUUCAUCGUCGACAUGACGAAUUUAAAAACAAUAUAGCUAAUAAGUAUGGAUAGAAUUAGUUUCGGAAAUGUGAAACAUUUCAACAGUUUUAAUGUAAUAUGAAAUAAAAUCUUUGUUGAAUCUCUACCGAU